GAUAGGAUGCAAGUACAAUGCAGGGCACAUGCACACACAAUCACACACAGAAUUUUAGGAAGCCAGUUAGCUUAACUGCAUACUUUUGAGUUGUGGGAGGAAAAUUUUGCUGAGAAUAUGCAAUCUCUGCACAUGCAGCGUGGAAGCAGGAUUAUUUACCCACAUUGCAUGUAAUUUUACAGUAAACACUGACAUUUGCAAAAAAUAAAAAUAAAACCUGUAUAGCCAGUUUAUACUAAUGUUACUGUUCUUGUAAAACAUUCCCUCUCAAGUUCUAGCACGGCUGAAGCAAGCUUUAUUUUCGAGGAAAUGAAACUUAAACAGAUAUUCAGACAGCCAAUAGGGUUUGUGUGGGUAGUCGUUGGAUUGGCCAAUGAGGUUCAUUUGGGGAGAACUUAAAUGUCGUAGCGUUGGUUUCACACUGCACAGAGCAGUGUUUCAGAUGAAGAACAAAACCACCAGCAGACAUGAGACCAUUGCCAAGGAACACCAAAAUUCUAUUUUUUGCCAAACAUUGCUCGGAGCCCUACGUACAGAUCAUCACAGUCCAUGAGACAAAACAGAGGCAGAGUGUAUGCAGCUCUGAAGAGGAGGAAUCCCCCGGGGAUGACUUGGACGAUUUUCUUCUUCCAGAGCUGAUUGACCGCAGUGACCUGCUGGAUGAAGUACAGUGUCAGAAGCUAGCCAAUCAUCUGCCAGCACGGACUCAGGGGUAUCCAUGGCGACUGGCGUACAGCACAGCUGUACAUGGCACAAGCUUGAGGACACUCUACAGAUAUCUGUCUUUACUGGACAGUCCUGUGCUGCUCGUUAUCAAGGACAUGGGCAAUCAGGUGUUCGGCGCAUUCUCCUCUCACCCCUUCAGAGUCAGCAACUGCUGCUACGGCACAGGAGAAACGUUCCUGUUCAGCUUCAGCCCUGAUUUGAAGGUGUUCCGCUGGAGUGGGGAGAACUCUUACUUUGUGAGGGGGCACUGGGACUCUCUGCAAAUAGGAGCAGGAGGGGGGUGCUUUGGCUUGUGGCUGGAUGCUGAUCUAUGCCGCGGUUCCAGCUUCCCUUGCCAAACCUUCAACAACCAGCCUCUCUCCUCCAAAAAAGACUUCACAAUCCAGGACCUGGAAGUGUGGACCUUCAGUUCAAGAGAGAUUUGACUGUACAGAGUCUCACCUACCUUAAGAGUUUCUGGGAAUGAACCAGAGGACGGAAUGCGGAUGUGGACAAACUACGCUAGAACUACUAGCCGCUGAACCACAUCCUUGCAUGCGUCAGAAUCUGUACCUCGACAGAUCAUAUUCUGUUUGGGCAUGGAGAACGAGAGCAUCCGGGAUGCCAUACCUCAGAGCAUCAUAUACUGUAAUGACUUUGCAUUCCUGGAGCAUCUGGGCUUCAGAAAAUUACUGUAUUCCAGCCACAGGUGUAUCUUGUGUAUUUGAAAAGUGUCUCUGAGAGGAGUGGUUAACAGACACAGCGGCCAGGUGGGGGUCCCUGUUUCAUAUCAUUUACAAGGACAUCAGUUUUUUAGAAGCAUUCACUUUUAAACAUAAAGACGUUUCACAAGCAUUCAAAAUAUAAUUAUUAUGAAAAAGCAUUUUUUUUAUAAUUUCGUAUUCUUUUCAUGUUUGGUCAGUUUUUAAAGAUAUUUUAAAUUAUUCCGAAUUUGAGAAGAGUUUGUGGGUGUUUGAUGUGUGAUUGGUCUUUGUUUUUUAUGCUGCUAUGACGGUGCUGGCACUGGUUUUGCAACUUUGUUUUUAAAAUGAUAGUAAACUACAUGUUUGUCUCUACGAUACAUUAAAUUUACCUAUUAAAUCCUGAUGAGGGUUUCUAUUCAA